AUGGAAUCUCAAACUGAUUUGGAUCAUGAAAGCGGUCGCACCUUUAAAAAGUUGCAACGCUCUCAAUGGGCUGAUCACUUCCUCAACGUUCCGGUAGAUGAAUUGGAAUUAGAUGUCAUUGCAAGCGAACUUGAAGCAAUCAAGCCCAUCGUCAGGGACAUGCUCAUGUCCUUUUCUAAAGAAGAAAAUCACGAAUCGGUGAAGAGGAAAAUUCUUUUGAUUUAUGUGAUGAUCAGUCUUGGUCUUGCAUAUCAUUUUGAGGAUGAGAUCGAAGAGACCUUGGCACACGCCUUUGAAAAGAUAGAUGAUAUGAUCGCAGAUGAACAUGAUCUUUACACAAUCUCCAUCUUCUUUUGGGUUUUCAGAACAUAUGGUCAUAACAUGUCGUCUGAUGUGUUCAAGAGAUUCAAAGGGGCGGACGGAAAGUUAAUGGACUCCUUAACCAAGAAUGCAAAGGGCAUGUUGAGUUUAUACGAAGCCGCUCAUUUAAGGACGACGAGAGAUUAUAUAAUGGAUGAAGCGCUGAGCUUCACAACGAGACAUCUUGAGUCGUUGGUAGCAGGAGCAAGCCCUCAUCUCUCCAGGCUUAUACACAAUGCUCUUGGUCUAUCUCAACAUUGGAACAUGGAGAUACUAGUUGCGAUGGAGUAUAUCUCAUUCUACGAACAAGAAGAAGACCAUGAUGAGAUGUUACUCAAGUUCUCCAAGCUCAAUUUCAAGUUACUACAACUUCUAUACAUUAAGGAGCUCAAAAUGGUGACAAAAUGGUACAAGGAAUUCCAGUUUGCAUCUAAGUUGCCACCUUAUUUCAGAAACAGAAUUGUGGAGUCACAUUUUUUUGUGAUAUCUAUGUACUUUGAGCCACAAUUCUCACGUGUGAGGAUUAUGUUGACUAAGUUGUACACGGUAUUAACCAUUGUUGACGACACCUUUGAUAGAUAUGCAUCUAUAUCUGAAGCUGUAAGCCUCGCCAAUAGUAUAGAAAGGUGGGCUCCUGAUGAAGACACGGAUAGGCAACCAAAUUAUUUGAGGUUCGUGUUUAAAUUUGUAUUGGAUGUAUUCAAAGACUUUCAAGGAGAAAUGGAGCCAGAAGGAAGGUCUUACAGCUUGAAAUAUACAGUAGAAGAGUUCAAAAGAUUCGUGAAAUCCAACCUUGACCUUGCCAAAUGGGCGCACGUCGCUCACGUUCCUAGCUUUGAGGAUUACAUGGAGGUUGGUGAGGUUGAGUUCGGGGUGUAUAUGGUUAUGGCAGGCACUUUGAUGCGUAUGGAACAUGCUACUGAGGAAUCUUACGAAUGGCUCAAAUCCAGACCUAAACUCAUUCAGUCAAUAGCUAUAAACGCACGUCUGAUGAAUGACAUGACCGGUUUCGAGGAUGACAUGAGUAGAGGAUAUGUAACUACUGGGAUGAACUGUUAUAUGAAGCAAUAUGGAGUCACAAAAAGCGAAGCUUUUAGAGAGCUUCAUAAAAUGCGUGUAGACAACGAGACGAUAGUGAACGAAGAGUUGUUGAAGACCAAAAAUGUGCCAAGACGAAUUCUCAAGGAAGCCAUCAAUUGCGCACGCAUGACCAGAGUUGCUUAUGCCUACGGUGAAGGAUUUACCCAUCCUGAAGGCAAAAUUAAAGACUUUAUUAGCUCUCUUUAUCUUGAUCAGAUUCGUCUGUGA